AGACAAAAGCGUUUCGCACUUGUUGUCAGUGGGGAGGGCAGUACAAUGGGCAGUCUAAUGUUAUGAGUGUAUUUUUUUAUUUAUUCAUUUUUUUAUCGGUCGAUAGAGAUAAAGCCGCAAGUAGCAAAAUUGUUCCAUCCGCCCGCGGCAGUAGUAUAGUGUGCGACCAUGUCAGCGUCAGUUAACAGCGCGCGCGCGCCGCUUUGUGUCCUCUGACUGUCUCCUCAAUCGCCACCACGUGUUACAACGAUCACUACGACAUCGUAUCCUCCCGCGGCACACUACUCUACGACGAUGACUACAUGGCCGACAACGACUGACCAGCCGAUCGGCUGCUACUUUUAUUUAACCUGCUAAACCGACUACGGUAAAUUUACCGAGUAAUUUCGGCGUUGUUGUUCUGCCACCCACCCCGAGACCGCAGUGACAUCGUGACACCCUUGACACCACCCGCGAUGACGUCUAUGCGACGUGAGCUCGGUGACGGGCCUGCCUCCCUGGUGGCUGUUGAUGCCGCACUGUCCACGGCAGUGAUAACACCCAUAGUGGUCACAUACUGGAGGAUAACUUGGAAGCUGAUGGAUAUAUAUAUACUACCCGGGAACUUGGUGUGGAGCACCAUCGCGUCCGUGGGCAUCGGGUUCUUCGGCUUGUUCAUAUUUACGUUAUUCCAGCACCGGUUCAAGGGCUACCUGAAGCCUAGGAAGCACACAGUAAUUUACUAUGUAAUGUCCAGAAGUUACACGGCUGCGUUCGCAUACUCUUGCGUUAACUCGUGGCGUGGCAUCUGGAGCAUCAUGGAUGAGGUGACGGGCACCCGCCCGCCAGUGGUCGCCGCAUCCGUGGUCAUCGGUAUAUGCAGUUUGGCCUCCAUGAAGACCCUGCGCAACAUCAUUGCUCCCCCAAUAGCUAUACUAACCGACAACUACGACGGAUAUUUUGAGGUGCCCACGCUGUUUCGCAUUGGAGUUCGAGAUGGUACUGGAUCAUGGCUAUAUGUAUUGGAUAGCUUUUUCAGCGUUUGUAUUAUUGGCUCAUUGGUAGUCAUCGUUUGGCGAGGUGUUUGGAGUCUAAUGGACAAUUAUUUAUACCCGGAUGAUUAUAACACAUCCGCAAUUCUAUCAUUGGUUAUAGGGUACAGUGUAGUACUACUUGCUUUUGCAUUACAACCGGCUAUAAAAAAAUUGGUUAACAAAGUUAACGGUUUCAAACGAAUACUGUUUGUGGAUGUAUACUUACUAUUCUCAUUUUUUGGUGCUGUAAACGUGUGGAGAGGAGUAUGGGCUAUGCUGGAUAUUCACUUUAUACCAGAUGCUCCCAUUACCAGUUAUUGGGUAUCUCAUAUUGCAUGUUUUGGCUUCCUAGUCUUAUUAAACUCCUCCAACUCCAUAUUAGUCCGUGGUGUUUACAUAGACGCUGAAGAAGACGGUACACAAUGUGUUGAUUUUCCGUGUUAUUAUGUACGGCUCUUAGUUCAGAAGAGAAAACGAAAAAGACAAAUACGUGAAGACGAAGAAGGUAAAGAAAUGACGCAAAUUAAAAUUGGAAACGAAGAUAAGACAGAGGGCGUAAACGAGAAAAUGUUACUUACAAGUGAAAAUGUUGACAAAACCAUGUUAAAUGAAGUAAAAGAAACAUUAAACAACAGUAGUAAAGUCGUUUGACAUUACACUAACCAACAUUAAGGUUUGUACUUUUGAAUCUUAGAAGGUAUCGUUCUCAAAACACACCCAAUCCUUUGUGUUCGUUAAAAUUAAAAUAUAUUUUUAUAUUGAAACAAUAAUUAUUAUUUAUAAUCAUGUACAUACAUUUAGCUCGUUUCAUUUUAAUUGUUUUUUUUUUAGUUGUGAAAUGUCAUAGAUUCUUUAGUUAUUGCGUGAACCAUUUUAUAUCGACAUUGAAUUAUACUUUUUGUAAAUAGUACAAUAUUACAUUAUAUUCGUAGUUGAUAAUUUAAUAAAAUGUAUUGAAUUUAUAGAUGUUAUAUUAGCUUGUUAAAUGUGUACCUUUAUUGUUUUUUUUUUAUAAAUUCAGAUGUUCAUAGGUAUAUUAAAAUUGUAUUUUAGUUUCGAGAUUAUAAGUUAUCGAGUAAAUCAACUAAUUUACUUGAAGACCUAUUUAAAACAUAUUGUAUUUAAUUAUAAUAUAUUAUACAAAAAUGCGUAAUUACCUACGCAGAUGUAUUAAUAUUUUUAUAAUUUUAUGUUAGUUAGGUAUUCGUUUUGUAUAGAAUCUAUAUCAAUUAAAAAAAAAAUUUUAUUCUAAUAA